AACUUCAAGGUUCAGUAACAUAAGCAGGUAUAUAAAUAAAACGUCGUUUAGAAAAUUGUUAAAAAGUGCUUUAGGAGCUAAUUUUUUGGUUCAUAAUGACAUACAAAUACAUCCACUGUGCAUCCCGAUUCACCGAGGAUCAAAAAAAUUUCUACGAAAACAACGGGUACAUCAUCAUUAAAAACGAAGUCAGCCACGAUGAGAUCGAUAAAUUCCAUCGAAGAUUCCUGGAUAUUUGCGAAAAUCGUUGCGACGAUUACACCGGCUUCAUUUCCAAAGAUCCUGUUUUAAAAAGUAAAGGAAUGAAGGGAGAAAAAGUAAUAAACAAGCUUCAGGAUUUUAUUCAGGACUCCGUUUUUAGCGACUAUUGUUCCAACAAAAAGGUAUUGAACACAGUGGAGAACAUAAUAGGACCUAACAUAACAGCGAUGCAUUCCAUGCUCAUUAACAAACCUCCAGACUCCGAUCCUGAUGUAUCCAGACAUCCGAUGCACCAAGAUUUGCAUUACUUUCCAUUUCGACCGGCAGAGAAGAUAGUCGCUGCCUGGACAGCCAUGGAAACAGUCAAUGAACAAAACGGCUGUUUGUUCGUUGUUCCUGGAUCGCACAAAUGCGGUGUAUUGUAUCCACAUUCUUAUCCAAAGGGUACCAAAAACUCUUUGUACCAUGGUGUUCAUGGAAUGGCACAUCUUCCGAAAGUUAACGCUGUAAUGGAGAAAGGCGAUACGAUAUAUUUCCAUCCUCUGCUAUUACAUGGAUCUGGGCCUAAUUAUACAAAGGGUUUUAGAAGGGCAAUUUCUUGCCAUUUCGCCGACUCAAACUGCGAGUUUAUUGAUGUAACGAACACUACACAGCAUAAUAUUAAACAAGAAAUCGAAGGGAUGGUUCAGAAACGAUUAGGCAUUAAAUUGGAUUACAGGAACGCGUGGAAAACAAAAAGCAAGCUAAUAAAGGGACAACCCGGUAAUUUCCAAAAAUAUGAUUCCCAUUUAUGAACAAUUCUAGUACCUUAAGGUACCGAAAACUUUUUAUGUGAUAUUUUAUAGGUUUGUAAGUAGCUAGCUACAUUUAAAUUUAUAUUUUUGGUACAAUGUAAAAGUCUUAAAUGAUAAACAAUACUUUUUAUUUACAUUUAUAAUAAAGUACAAAUAAUGUAAGUAUAUUGUUUUCUAUAAUAACCGGCUCUUCGAUGCAAAUUAAAACGAGGAUUAAACAAUUAAAAAAAAUGCCAGUUUAUAUAAUCCCUUUUGCACAAAGGGAAAAUUAAUAAUAAAAUUAAUCUUGUGAAAGGAAUUUUGCUGCCCUCAUUAAUCAGGAAUGUACAAAUGCAAUAUUGUCAGUAAUACUGCUUCAAAUUAACAUACUACUUUGAGCAUACAACAUUAAUUAUACAAGGCACAAAAGCUAAGUAGCUGUUAAGUAUAUUGUUCAAUAUAUCACACCUGGAUAAAUAUUUCAAAACCCUACAAUUUAUUUCCGUAUUAAACGAAAAAAAAAAAACACAUCAAUAAUUAAUAAAAUGAAUUAAAACAAUAUUAAGUCGAUAAUUAAUCGAAUCAAUAAAUCGUAUAUUCUAGAACUGACUAUUUUUAUAUCACUAAUACUUAAAAAUGUUUGUAAAUUUUAUCAAGGCAACUCGUAACACUCAUAUACGAAUAUUCUCGUAUAUUCGAGGGUAAGUUAAUACUUUCGAUUAAUUGGAUAAUUUUUCAUAAAUUCUAUAAAAGCUCGGCGAUUGUUUUAAUCAACGCAUUCAUUUUUCUACAUUACUUUUUUGAUAAGUAACAUUUCGUUUUGUUCAAAGUAAAAUUAGAAAUUGGAGAAAUUAUUGCAUUUAUAUGUACUUAAGGCCUUUUGUUCAUUGAAAAUAUAGGAACUUGUUUUAAUUUAAGUACUUGGUAACAUAAUAAAUAAAUAAAAUGUUGGAAGAAACCGUUUACGCGAAAUUAUUCUCCAAUUUAUUAUUAAUGCAAUAAUCGCCCAUAAAUCAAUCGAUAAACAGAUAAAGCGUUAAGAAAACUCAUUCACUUUUUAUAUGGCAUAAUAAUAACAGUCUAGCAAUUUCGUUAAAUAUUUAAAUAAACUUUCUUUUAAGUAUUUCAUUGUAAGUACUACAAAAAUAAAUAAAAUUCCAAAAAACAAAUACAGGAAAUUCAAGGCGUUCAUUGUAAACUUUAAGCCAAUAGACUCGAAUUAUUCACACUCAUCGACUUCCUGUAGGUACGCGUGAAAUUCAUCACAUACGAAUUAAUUAUCCUAACAAUUAAACGCCGAUUCUUUCGUGACUAACCAAUAAAAUCGAUACAUCGAAUAAUUUUACACCUGAUUUUGAUGAUAUUCCGGCCGACCGGCCAAUUGCAAUAAAUAACGAUCCGGAUGAUCCAGCCAAUCGUCGGCGCUCAAUUUCACAACCCGUUGUUUUUCGGCCUCUUUCACUUCCCAUUUCUUCACUUCGAGCUGUCGCUCUCUGCUCACCUGAUCACCGCAACCCCACACUUCGACGCUCUCCAAAAAAUAGGGAAUCU